UUGUUUAUUGACAUGAAUAACAUGAAUAUAUGAUGAAAAUACACAUUGAUUGGCAAGAAAUAAAUGUAGUCAAUAUUUAAAAGUGAAAAGUCCACUGAUACAUGCAUAAUUGCUUUUUACAAGACGUGGAACUUUAGUCUAGAUCACUUUUUCCACACAAGUGUUCUACGACGUUGACGAUUCAUGCACAUGAUUCAUCUGCUCAUUCUUGGUAGGCUACAUCAUUUUUGCUCACACCACCGAAUAAAUUUGCUCACACCACCUUCAAACUAACGUCUAUAUAAGUUUUACUUGUAUAACAGUACUUGUUUUAGAACAAAAAUAAGAGACACAUAUAGUGUUAGCAGAGAGAGGAAAUAGGAAGAUGGUUGUGACAAGUUGCGUGGCUAUGAAUAUGGGCACCAAAUGUGUUAAGGAUGAUCUUUUUACUCCUUAUCAAUUGGGAAAAUUCAAUCUAUCUCACAGAGUGGUAUUGGCGCCAAUGACUAGAAGCCGAGCCAUAGAUGAAAUGCCAAAUGACGCACUUGAGAAGUAUUACACCCAACGUUCCACUCCUGGUGGCUUACUUAUCGCUGAGGGCACUCUCAUCUCCCAAACUGCCGGAGGGUUCGCGCAUUGUCCAGGAAUCUACACAGAGCAACAAGUGGAAGCAUGGAAGAAAAUAGUAGACUCAGUUCAUGCUAAGGGUGCUAUCUUCUUCUCUCAAUUGUGGCACGUCGGUCGAGUUUCUAAUCAUGUGUAUCAACCUAAUGGAGGUGCGCCAAUAUCAUCAACAAAUAAAGUUUUACCAGAAAAGUGGCGUAUCUUAAUGCCCGAUGGUUCACACGAAAAGUGCACUCCGCCACAAGCCCUCACUCCACCUCAAAUAUCGGAGGUUGUCGAACACUAUCGCCAGGCUGCUCUCAAUGCCAUUCGUGCUGGUUUUGAUGGAAUAGAGAUACAUGGAGCACAUGGUUACUUAAUAGACCAAUUUCUCAAGGAUGCAAUCAACGAUCGAACCGACGAAUAUGGAGGUCCAUUGGAAAACAGAACAAGGUUCUUAUUGCAAGUAGUACAAGCCGUUGCAGAAGCCGUAGGAGCUGAAAAGGUGGCUGUUAGAAUCUCACCAGCAAUUGAUCACUACGACGCCCUUGAUUCCAACCCGCUAGCAUUAGGCCUAGCCGUUGUCAAUGGGCUCAACAAGCUACAAUCCGACUUGGGAUCAAAGCUCGCUUACCUCCACGUAACCCAACCCCGGUUCACGGCCCAAGGCGUGGUUGAUAAGCCAGCCGAAGAAGCCGAAGCAGAUGCUCAAUUGUUGAGGAAAUUAAGGGAUGCUUAUGAAGGGAGUUUUGUGAGUAGUGGUGGGUAUACUAAGGAGCUUGGAAUGGAAGCUGUGGCUCAAGGGGAUGCUGAUUUGGUUGCAUUUGGACGUCUUUUUAUCUCUAAUCCUGAUUUAGUCCAUAGAUUGAAAAUUGAUGCACCAUUGAAUAAGUAUGAUAGGUCUACGUUUUAUACUCAUGACCCUAUUUUGGGUUACACUGAUUAUCCUUUUUUAGGUGACGAAUAUGUUAAUUAAGUCCUUUAGAAAGUAGUCGCAUUGUACGGUAUGAAACAUCAGAAGUUGUGUUAUGGACUUUGUGGUAAUGGAUAUUUAAUUUUUAGUUUUUAAUUUUAAAUCUAAUCUAAUCUAAUAUCAUAUCAU